AUGGCUCCUGUGGAAAGCACCGAGAAGCGAAGCCUUAUAGUGGCAUCCGUCGUCUCGGGAUGUCUCCUUUGGUCUGUUCCCCUAAUCCGGCUUCCGAACCCAGCGAGGCCGGACGUCACGCUUGCACGUGGCAUAUUCAUCUUGGUGCACCCGGCAAUCCUCCGUAGACUUCGCCAACAGACCGAUAAGUCGGAUCACCGAUACGGCACCGACUUUGUCAGAUUGUUGCCUGUUCGGCUGUUCCACUCAGCACCGAAACAGCCAGUCUGCCGGGCGUGA